UAUUAAUUUAAGAACCACAAUACAAUAACACAAGGGCUUACGUGUGUAUUUGUACUAACUAACCAUAGUUAACAAAACUAACCCUACAUAUAUGGUUAAGCCCUAUAUAUACUAAUCACUACUCCAUGCGAUUCUUCACGACAGAUGUCCAUGUCUGAACAAUCCCAAUAGCAUUUUCUUCUUCUUUUUCUUUAAAAAAAAAAAAAAUACAAAACCCCAGUUAACUUCAAGCUUGUGAUAAUGAAACCAUUUCUUCAAGCUAAAAUAAUCACUCUCUUAACACUCUUUUCCUUUGGCUUCAUUUUGUACCAAACACCAUGGCCUUUCACUCUAUUUCUCUCAAUACUAUUCUCCUUCGUAUACUCCUUUCUCAACCGGUGGCUAGUCCCCGGAGGUUUGGCUUGGUCAAAGUCAAACCACCGUUUCUCAAAACUCCAAGGCCCAAUGGGCUGGCCCAUCUUAGGGACUAUACCCGAAAUGGGCCCACUGGCUCAUCGCAAACUGGCCAACUUGGCCGCUUCUUUCGACGCGAAACGCGUCAUGGCGCUGAGCCUCGGCUUUACGCCAGUCAUCAUCAGUAGCCACCCGGAAACCGCCAAGGAAAUCUUGGGUGGAUCGUCCUUUACUGACCGUCCGAUCAAGGACUCGGCUCGCUUGCUGAUGUUCGAGCGAGCCAUAGGUUUCGCUCCAGCCGGAACCUAUUGGCGCCACCUUAGGAGAGUCGCAGCCGUUCAUAUGUUCUCCCCAAGGCGUAUUGCCACUCUGGAGGGGCUCCGCCAGCGCGUGGCUGACGAAAUGUUGGCGCGCGUGGGGCAAGAAAUGGAUGAGAGAGGUGUGGUGGUGGGUCUUAGAGGUAUUUUACAAAAGGGUUCUCUUACUAAUGUGUUGGAGAGUGUUUUUGGGAGUCGUUUGGGUUUAGAAAAUCAAGCUGGUCAACGUUUAGGGGAUAUGGUCAACGAAGGAUAUGAAUUAAUUUCCAAAUUUAAUUUGGAGGAUUAUUUUCCUCUAAAAUUUUUGGACUUUUUUGGGGUCAAAAGAAAGUGCAACAUAUUAGCGGCUAAGGUCAAUGAUAUCGUGAGUCAAAUAGUAAAAGAAAGGAAAAUAUCAUUUGGUACUACUGAAUCUGAACCUGAUGAUAAUGAUUUUCUUAGUGCUUUGCUAGCUUUGCCAAAUGAGGACCAAUUAAGUGAUUCGGACAUGGUGGCUAUACUAUGGGAAAUGAUAUUUCGAGGCACAGAUACGGUUGCCAUACUUUUGGAAUGGAUAAUGGCCAGGAUGGUUUUGCACCAAGACAUGCAAGAAAAAGUACAGCAUGAGAUUGACACGUGCGUGGGCAACAACAGGCACGUGCGAGAAACUGACAUUCCAAACCUUCCAUAUCUCCAAGCUAUUGUCAAGGAAGUCCUCCGACUCCACCCACCAGGCCCAUUACUCUCAUGGGCCCGUCUGGCGGUCCACGAUGUCCAUAUAGACAAGCACUUCAUACCAGCUGGAACAACCGCAAUGGUUAACAUGUGGGCCAUAACUCACGACCCAUCCAUUUGGGAGGAUCCAUGGGCUUUCAGGCCCGAGAGAUUCAUGGAAGAAGAUGUGACCAUAAUGGGCUCUGAUCUUAGGUUAGCCCCAUUUGGAUCGGGCCGAAGAGUUUGCCCAGGCAAGGCCCUGGGCCUGGCCACUGUGCACCUCUGGCUAGCUAGGCUUCUACACCAGUACAAGUGGCUCCCGGCUCAGCCUGUGGACCUCUCCGAGUGCCUGAGGCUGUCCAUGGAGAUGAAGAACCCAGUGACGUGUCACGUGGCUCCUCGUUUGAACAAUGCAUGCCCAUAAUGAAUUAUUAAUUAAUAAGCUAUAUAUAUAGUACCUAUUAUUAUUAUUAUUAUUAUUAUUAAUUAUCGUUUGCUGUAUGGUCCAUAUAUUAAUUAUAAUUAUAAAUAUGCUUUAAUAUGUAAAGGAAAACGUAACUAUACGUACUAAAGGUCAUGAAAGAUCUUUAUAAUUGUAUCAAAAAAAUAUAUUUAGUUUGUUUUCCUGUAAUAAUAAUUUGAGUGUGGCGAGUGAUUAACUAAGUUAGAUUGUUAAGGCCAGGGACUCACCUCAGCCUAUAUCUUUCUUGUAUAAUAUUAUGAAAAUAGAACUGUAAAUAAAUUCUAUAUAUGUAUGUUAAUUAAUAUAUGUUAAUUUUGAUUUUUUUUUUUACA